AUGAAUAAGCGUGACGGCAAUAAGGAUAAAGAACGUCAGAGUGACGACAAAAGAACUUCCACCGCGACCGGCGCGGUGGGUGGACGCGGCGGCGGCGGAAGCAGCGCGAUGCACACCUCGCGGCACUCCGUCACGUCGUCAUCCGGCGUCCUUAUGGUCGGACCCAACUUCCGCGUCGGCAAGAAAAUCGGAUGCGGCAACUUCGGUGAACUUAGGCUGGGGAAAAAUCUCUACAACAAUGAACAUGUAGCGAUCAAGAUGGAGCCAAUGAAGUCCAAGGCUCCACAACUACAUCUAGAGUACCGAUUUUACAAAUUACUAGGAACUCAUGCGCCUUCGACAGCAGAAGGGAUUCCGGAGGUGUACUACUUCGGGCCGUGCGGUAAAUACAAUGCCCUGGUUAUGGAGCUGCUCGGUCCGUCACUCGAAGAUCUGUUCGACUUGUGCGGCAGACGUUUUUCUCUAAAGACUGUCUUGAUGAUCGCUAUGCAGCUGUUACAUCGUAUCGAAUAUGUCCACACGAGACACCUAAUAUAUCGGGAUGUGAAGCCGGAAAAUUUUUUAAUAGGUAGAACUGCAACUAAAAGGGAAAAAAUCAUUCACAUCAUCGAUUUCGGUUUGGCCAAAGAAUAUAUAGACUUAGAGACAAACAAACAUAUUCCGUACCGGGAACACAAGUCGCUCACCGGCACAGCCAGAUACAUGUCGAUAAAUACACAUUUAGGAAAAGAACAAUCAAGACGCGACGACCUAGAGGCCCUCGGGCACAUGUUUAUGUACUUUUUACGUGGUUCCUUACCCUGGCAGGGUUUAAAAGCUGAUACACUCAAAGAAAGAUACCAAAAAAUCGGCGAUACGAAACGGGCAACUCCCAUUGAGGUGCUAUGCGAAGGUCACCCGGAGGAGAUGGCGACAUACCUGCGCUACGUUCGGCGGUUGGACUUCUUCGAGACGCCCGACUACGACCAGCUGCGUCGGAUGUUCCGCGAGCUGUUCGAGCGGCGCGGGUACGUCGACGACGGGGAGUUCGACUGGACCGGCAAGACAAUGUCGACGCCAGUCGGUUCGAUUCAAACAGGACACGAGAUUGUUGUUUCACCCAACCGUGGACACCAGACCUUCCAUAAGGGGGCUGUAAAGGACUCGGGUACUGGUGGUACCGCAAACACUGGUGGCAAUUGGCCCCACAGCGGCAAAGCAACGCCGCUCACUGCUGGCCACUUGACGCCCGCUGACAGACACGGAUCGGUCCAGGUGGUGAGUUCAACGAACGGCGAAUUGGGCGCCGACGACCCGACAGCGGGCCACAGCAACACCCCAAUCACUCAACCACACCACGAGGUUGACGUAGUGGAUGACACCAAGUCAGUGUUGCAACUAUGCUGUUGUUUCUUCAAGCGCAAAAAGAAGAAGUGUGCGACGCGCACGUACAAGUGA